GUAGUGCGCGUUGCGCUCUGUGUUGGCUUGUGAUUGGUCGGAGGUCACAGCGGCAGCCAAUCAGGCGCGGUUUCGGGGGAGCGCUGAGUGCUGAUGUGUGAUCCCGGCUAGCCGUGUCCCAGUCUCUCACAGCGCGCGGCCGCAGCAUGCCUUAUCACCGCACCUGGGAGGAGUUCGCCCGGGCCGCAGAGAAACUCUACCAGGCCGACCCCAUGAAGGUUCGUGUGGUGCUAAAGUACAGACACUGUGAUGGCAGCCUGUGCAUUAAAGUAACAGAUGAUGUUGUGUGUUUAUUGUACAGGACCGACCAGGCGCAGGAUGUAAAGAGGAUUGAGAAAUUCCACAGUCAGCUGAUGAGAGUAAUGGUUGCCAGGGAAUCCCGCAGCACUGCCAUGGAAACAGACUGAGCGUCUGAUAGCGCAGAGAAACGUGUUUCGGAUUCAUCACCAUGAGCCGAUGAGGGAACAACUGAGAAAACAACAUGAUUAUAGGAUGCUCAGAUUAACUGAGAGAACGCUGAAAACAAACAGGAGGGCAGUUUGUGUCUAUUUGGACAUCUGGGGAAGUUUUAUAUAUUCUUUCAGUUGAAAGACUCUAUUUAUUUUUGGAAUUGGAUCAAGAAAUAUAAACCCAACUCUGGACAGCAUUCUUCCAAAAUAAGCAGUGUUUGGCAGGAUGUAAACUUGUAACUUUUUUUUUUGACAUGGCAAAAAUGUAUACCGGUACUCUAAAAAUUAAAUUAGCAAAAUGAGUCUGCCGUGUGGAAUGGUUUCACAAGAUCCUUCUAAAACAAAAAGCUCGAUAAAUGCUUGAAUUAUUUUUUAAAUUUUUUUUUUCCCCUAUUUUUUUUCCAUUUGUACCUCCAGUUAUGUGUGCCCAACCUUGCAAUCUUUGUCUUAAAUCAAUAUAAUUUUUGAUUGCGCAGAAUCCCAUUUUUAUUUCAAUUGUGCUAUUUACAUAUUUGUUUUAAAGUGCAAAAAAUAGUGUGCCCAAUGUUAAUAGAGCUAAUACGGUUAUAUUGUGUAAAUCUGGGGAUUCCUGGACAUUCCCUGUGUGAGGACACAAUACUAAUUCUGGCUAGCAAAUCAAAAUGUCUGCCUCUUCUUGAAAACAGGGUUAUUAGUGCAUAAAAAGUUACUGUUUUGUUGAAG